GACUGCAGUGGCUCAUUGCUCACAAUUGUGGACCAGUUUCUUUCCUGAACCUCGGCAGAGAUAGAGUCACAGACGUUCAAGGAAUCAGCAUAACUAAGGCAAGAUGCACCUGCUCAUUCUCCUUUCCAUCACCAUGGGGUUGUGGGGAGCGCUAUCUCUGCCUCUGCCUACUGUAGUUGUGAUCCACAACUUGCUGGACAUAAACGAAAUCAACAAAGAUUUGGAUCUGACUGAAGGGGAUAUAGUGGAAGAGGACCAGAGGAGUUCUAUUGCAGGCGGAGAUCAGUGGAGUUCCUCUGUGCUGUAUCAGCUGGAUGCUAAUCUCGAUAUGAAUGCCAAAGGAGUUAUUCUGAGAGCCUUCGAACAAUUCAGGCUGAAAACAUGUGUUGACUUCAGACCAAGAAGAAGUGAAUCUCAGUUCAUCUCAGUUGAAAAGCACCAAGGCUGCUGGUCUUAUGUUGGGAAAAAAUCAACGGGACAGACUCUGUCCAUUGGCACUUACUGUGACCACAUUGCUGUUGUGGAGCAUGAGUUUCUGCAUGCCCUGGGCUUCCUGCAUGAACAGUCUAGAUAUGACAGGGAGGAUUACAUCACAAUCAACUGGGACAACAUUCGUCAAGGGAUGGAUUAUAAUUUUGACAAAUAUGGCAAGGCAAUAACCAGCACCAUGGGAACCCCAUAUGAUUACUGGUCUGUAAUGCACUCCAGCAAGACUGCCUUCAGCAACAACAACGGAUCAUCUAUUGCCACAAAGGACCCAAGGUUUGAAGAUGUUAUUGGCCAACAUCUGGAGAUGAGCUUUUAUGAUGCACUGGAGCUCAACAGACGUUAUGAUUGCAAUGAAUCCAUCUCCUUCCUGGACCACUGCAGCUUUGAAGAUGAGAGCCUGUGUGAUAUGAGUGUCUGCUCCAGGAGUUCAGCUGGAUGGCAGAGAGUGAGCCGAGCUGAUGGAGGUCCCCACUCAGACCACACCUACCUGGGCACUGACUCUCAGGGUUCCUUCAUGCAUUUCAGCACCAAUCACAGCUCAGAGGGAGAUUCAGCCAGACUGACCACCAGGAGGAUGACUCCUGGUAGACCAUGCAAGGUCCAGUGCCUUCAGUUCUACUACUACCACAGUGGGAAUGAAACGGACCAGCUCAACAUCUGGAUCAGAGAGUUUGAAAGUGAGGAGGACACAGAAGGAACCCGUAGGCUUAUGGGCCACAUUUCAGGUUCCCCAGCUGAUUACUGGCAGCUCCACCAUGUUCCUCUGAAUGCCACUAAGACCUUCCAGGUGGAGUUUGAGGCCCGCAAAGGAGCAGGGUCCUCCAGGGGUGGCUUCUCCGUGGACGACAUCAACCUAUCAGAGACCGAGUGCCCCCAUCACACAUGGCAGAUCAGGAACUUUGAGGAGGCUCUAAAGAACAGUGUCCAAACCCCCUUCCUCUUCAGUCCAAAGUACUACUCUAUUGAUGGGUACAGGUUCCAGAUAAUGUUGCAAAUGAUGGAAGAUCACUUUGGUGCCUUUGUCCGCCUGGUUUCUGGAACCAAUGAUGACAAACUGCAGUGGCCGUGUCCCUGGAGGCAGGUGACCAUCCUGGCACUGGACCAGAAUGCCCACAUCCAGCAUCGCAUGUCCGGUCAGAUCAGCCUGACCACAGACCCAACAGAGCUGGGACGAAAGGGAUUUUUUUGGGACAACCCUCGUCACGUGGGAGCUUCAGAUGAGACCCCUGAGAGAGACUAUGCGACCCCUGAGAGAGACUAUGCCACCCCCGAGAGAGACUAUGUUACCGAUGGCAGGGGCUAUGGUCUCUUCAUGACUCACAAGGAGCUCCGAUCCAGAGAGUUCCUGAAGGGAGGCGACAUGUUCUUCCUCAUCAGCAUGCAUGAUAUCUCAUCUCUGGAACACAGUCAGUCCCUUCCAUGUCCCAACAUGCCACAGCAGACCUUCACUGCAGUCUCUCAGGAUCCAGAUCAAGGAUGUCUAUCUACUUAAUAGCCAGAGCAAUCUAAGCAUGUUAUUAUCUUAUUUUACAGCGACGUAUGUAUAAAUAUGUAUCCCUAAAUGAUUGGCUUCUGUCACAGCCUCUGCAACACGCUCCUCUGUUCCUGCUCCAGUCCCUGCAGCAACUCCAGUCCUGGUUCCUGCUCCAGCACCAUAUGCUACUCUAGUCCGUUCAUCCUCCCCAGUGUUUAGUAUUUCCCUCCAUGUUUAGUUCUCACCUGUAGCCUAUGUAUUAAUUGGUUUUCUAGUUGAGUCCUGGACUUUUCCUUUGUCUUUAUGUGUGAUAUUGUUUGUGAAUAGCAAGACGCUACGUUACUGUGUACUCAAGUCCUGAGAUCAUUGCCUUGUUUGCCCAUCGUGGCAUUUUGAUUUAUCCAAGUAAAACACGCCUUGAGCGUUUGCAUCCUA